CCUAGCUCGGGCUGGUUGCACUUGCGUCCGCAUGACCAGCGCGCUUUUUAACGUGUUCAACGGGUUUGUUGCGUGCGCGCAUCGCCUGCUCUGUGUAUUUCUGCUUUGAAGACGCAGCUUCAUUUGGCAAACGUAUGACAACCUGCCCAAUACAAGCACUCCUUUGGAUCAAUGCUGCUCGGUGCAGUCAGGCAAGCAUUUCAGCGAAGAAUACGAACCACAAUGAUAUAGUCUCAAGCCAAGUUGCACCAAUGAAGCCAUUUGAAGCUACUACAUGUGGGAAAAUGCAACAAUUCAUGUCAUUUGCCCAGCAGCAGUUGCCUGAAGAAUCGCAGUAUGCGAGUGGAUUCUUCAAAAGCCACUGGGCCUGCCACCAGCUGACAUGCUUUUCUUCAUCCUCCUUAGUCCUGUACCUUAGCCUUGUUAGGAUGCUGAUGUUGGGUGGGCGCUUUUACCAUCCAUGAAAUGUUAUUGCUCAGCGCAGGACGUGUCUACAUGUACCGGAAGUUUCUAGAAUGUUACCGAUGCUUCUAUCCACUGUAUGUUGUCGCCGAACCUUUUGUAGUCUGAUUGCAUGUAUGCGCGACGCGAAUGGCGUAGAACUUUGUGGAAGGCAUGCGGGUCCCAGCGAUUACUCUGGAACAUUCGUCGACUGAUCUAUAAAAGCCGGCGCGCUUGACCCGCUGAUCAGAUUUUCGCCGA